AUGCCAGAAGCUAGAACCGUACUUGUGGCGCUGAAGGAGUCUGGGACUUCCAGGUUUGUUCAGAAACUACUUUCAGAUCAGUUAGUUCCGUCAGUAGGUAAGGCGAUCGAGAUAGAAGAACGCCAGGAUGAAGAAGAACAUCGAAAAGUCUUUCAUACGCCCAGGCUAGUCUCACAGCGGGCGCAUUUCGCUUAUACAGUGCCAGAGAAACGGCCUCAUUACAAGCCAUUGCUGACCUCAAAAAAGGCGCUGGACGAUUUGCAGCUCGAAAUGAGCCAAGAUUUGGUUGCAAUCCUGACUGGACAAAGAAUCUACUGCGAUGAGUCGGAAGGCAUUUUCCCGUAUAGUAUGGCAUACGCAGGCUUUCAGUUUGGGCAGUUCGCGGGGCAGCUGGGUGACGGCCGCGUAACAAAUCUUUUCGAUCUCCCUGAUAAACACGGGUCGAUGCAGACGCUGCAGCUUAAAGGCUCCGGAUUAACUCCAUUCUCGCGGUUUGCAGAUGGUAAAGCAGUGCUUCGGUCCAGCCUUCGUGAGUUUAUCAUCUCCGAGGCCCUGCAUCAUAUUGGCGUUCCCUCCACCAGAGCUUUGCAACUCACUGCGCUUCCCCAAACCAAGGCUAGGCGCGCCAUGUAUGAGCCAUGUGCUAUGUACUGCCGAUACGCCCCUAGUUGGAUUCGUCUUGGAAAUUUUGACCUUUGCCGCUGGCGCCAAGACCAUGGCAGUUUGGUUAAACUCGCCGACUUCUGUAUCAACGACGUUUUUGAAGGAGGAAAAGAAUUCCCAGCCCACCUUGACCCGGAAAGUUUCAAGCAUGACUUCUUUCCUGAUAAAGAAGACGAAAUAGGCACUGAGCCGAAGGAGCAGGAACGCUUAGAGAGCAAUACUAAGUAUGAGCUGUUCUUCAGACAUGUGGUUAAUCUAAAUGCUGAGUCUGUGGCCUAUUGGCAGACGUAUGGUUUCCUUAAUGGUGUUCUAAAUACUGACAACACUUCAAUUAUGGGCUUGGCGAUGGAUUUUGGACCUUUCAGUAUAAUGGAUAAGUUCCAGCCCCAAUACACGCCUAACCAUGACGAUGUUGAAUCGCGGUAUUCUUAUGCUAACCAACCAACUGCGAUUUGGUGGAAUCUUACAAAAUUUGCCCAGUCGAUGACUACUCUGAUUGGUGCUGGACCCGCGCACGUUGAAAAGAUAGUUGCAGAAGGACUUGCUGCUGUUGAUGAAGCAAUGGAGAAAGACAUAGUGUCGAGAGCAAACUCUGUCAUCGCCUCAGCUAGCAACGAAUACAAGUUCAGGUUCACCGUAAAAUACACUGACUUGAUGGCGAAGAGACUUGGCAUCGAGCUGAACAUUCCAAAGGUUUUCACAAGUGCUAAUUUGGGGUCAAUAGCUGAAAAAGUCCGAGAAUUCAACAAUGCCAUCUUGGAGCCUCUUCUCCAGGUCCUCUAUGUUACUCAGGUUGACUAUAAUAACUUUUUUGUCAAGCUGCAAGGGUACAGCGGGCCUUUCAAAACAGAACGAGGCGGGGGCUUUGAACUCAUUGAACCCGAUCUUCUUGAGGUGUUUUUCUCGAAUGCUCAAAUACAGAAGCUGGAAAAGCAUUUGGCUGGUAGACCUGACUCAGAUUCUGGUGAGACGCGCCAGCUUGUUGAAUGUGCAGAGAAGCUCAACACAUGGAUUGACGACUUUGUUUCCUUGGUACCAUCCGAAAGCAACUCUCGGUCUGAGAUUGCCAAGAAGGUUAACCCGCUUUUCACUCCAAGGGCAUACAUCCUUGAACAAGUUGUUGACGACCUCACUGAAAACCAAAAAGAACGCUUAAAUGAUCCUCAAGCAGAAGUUGAUACCUCCCUUUUGCAAAAGCUGUAUAGCAUGAGCGUUAACCCCUACGACUCUGACAAGUGGGAAGACAACUUGAGACCUGAAGUUGUUCAAGACUGGACCACUCAUGGAGAUGAUGAUGACAAGUUUAUGAAGCAGCUCACCUGUUCUAGUUAA